AUGGUCCCUAAAAGAGAAUAUUGUAAAGCAAAAGAGAGUAACGUGGACAAAAGACAGGGCCGUAGCCCCCAUAUCCGCAAAUUGGAUGGUAAAGGGCAAAGCCGGUUCAUGUCCAUGAGUAUUAGUAGACUGGCAUUUGCCAAUGGCCAAAUGUGGAGCUCCUUAGAUGGACCUGAUAAUGGAUUUCGAUUUUGGACUUUUCUUAACAGAGUUCUUGUCGAGAAAAUCCUCCCCCCUUCCAAAACCACUGCCGGCAUUCUCCUGCCGGAGAAAUCCACCAAGCUGAACUCGGGGAAAGUGGUGGCCGUGGGUCCGGGAACAAGAGAUAAGGAAGGGAAAACGAUCCCAGUUCCUUUUAAAGAAGGCGACACUGUUCUUUUGCCUGAAUUUGGUGGUUCCCAAGUCAAGCUCGGCGAUAAAGAGUUUCAUCUGUAUAGAGAUGAAGAUAUUUUGGGCAAUCUCCAUGAUUGAUCGAUUGUUAUGGGGCUUUAGCUUUGUUUUUAUGUUUGUGUUGUUAUG